GCUUUUCUACCAGAGGAGCGUCCUGGCAGAGAAACCCGAGCUCGUCUUCGUGGCCGUUUAGCUUCGACCCAACCCAUCCACACCGGUGAGCGCGGCUGCUGUGAGCAGUACUGAGUAUUUCUUUUGGAAGAGAUCGUAUGAUAACUCUACAACACUUAUGGAGGACGCUCCUUUACCAGCAGUUGGUGUUGGAAUAGCCAUCGUGUCCAGUUUCGUCAAUGGAUCGACAUUUGCGCUCCAGAAAAAGGGAAUACUGCGAGCUCGCCGGUCAGGUAGGACUUACCUGACUGACUGUGUGUGGUGGUGUGGGACACUUGCAAUGAUAGUGGGUCAAAUAGGGAACUUCCUGGCUCAUAAUGCAGCACCAGCAGUACUGGUCACUCCUCUUGGGGCUUUGGGAGUCCUGUUUGGAGCCAUCCUGGCCUCCUGGCUGCUGCAGGAGCAUCUGAAUAUUCUAGGGAAGCUUGGCUGUGUGUUGUGUUGCUGUGGUUCAGUUGUGCUCAUCAUUCAUUCUCCUAAGUCUGAGAGGGUGGCAUCGAGAGUUGAAUUAGAGGAGCGUCUUCUGGACCCAGUGUUCCUGAGCUACAUUGCACUGGUGGUCCUGCUGCUGGUCGUACUGAUUGGCUGGCUCUCUCCAGCUUAUGGAAAGUCCAACAUCAUGGUGUAUGUGGGCAUCUGUUCCCUCCUGGGGAGCUUUACAGUGCCCAGUUGCAAAGGCCUGGGUCUGGCUGCAAAGGAUGCCUUUAGUGGAGGCUUCACUACAGACAACAGAGCCCUGUACCUCUUCCUGUGUUUGCUGGCAGUUCUCACAGUCAGCAUCCUCAUCCAGUUCACUUUCAUCAACAAAGCCUUGGAGAACUUCAGCUCCAACAUGUUUGAGGCUGUGUAUUAUGUGGUAUUCACAUCUUCUGUCAUCCUAGCCUCUGCCGUCCUUUUUAAAGAGUGGGAAACAUUAGGCAUUUUGGACUGUUUGGGUAUUCUGUGUGGAUUCACCACAGUAUCUGUGGGUGUUACUUUAUUACGCAUAUCACAGGAAGCUGUGCUCACAUGGACUCCAACAAAAACGAAGGAGGAGUAAAUAAACUUACUGAUUUUUUUUUUUUUGUAUAAAUGUGCUACAGUGUUAAAAGGGAAUUCCACCAACCCUUAAAAAUUUCUGUAUAAUCCAGUCUUUGAGAUGUAAAC